AUGCAGAAUGGAGCAAAGAGAACCAAAACAGCAGAGGACGACAGUGGCGUCACAAAGGCACGCACUCGAGUAUCUCGAGCAUGCGCAGAAACAGUCUGCGUAUAUGACACCGCAACAAAGAAAAGGGGUCUGCCAGAGGGCUAUGUACGAGCCAUCGAGAAGUUGUGGGCCGUCAGCUUUUCCCGCAUCGAGGGAUUGGAGGAUCUGUUGAUCAGUACGCUGCAACAAGACCGCCCACUGCUCACGAGCAUCUGGAAUCACCGCGAGGUAGGUGAAGAGCUACAUUCGAAGUGGAAAGACUCCCGGGUCUUCUCGGAACUCGAGACCUUCCUUACUGGUGUAGAAGCUCAAACAGCUGCCGCUGGAUCGAAACGCAAGCGAGACCACGAGGACGAUGAAGACAACGACCACAUAGGAGAUCUAGCCACUAUACUCCCAACAAAGUAUGCUCUGUGUGACAAAGAAGCCAGUGGAGAAGUCUCGUUGAGUCGGCGGACGUUGACGAUGAGCACAAUCAGCUUGCCCACUGCGACUUCAGAAAUUCUUGGGCGUUACUUUGGCUCGAUUCAUGCAUAUUUCCCGAUCCUGGAUCGUCCCAAAGUCCUCAGGUCAUGCUAUGAGCAAACACGAGGUGGAACUCAGAUCAGCCACGACAAUGACGAUCUCGCAGUGCUUGCAGCAGCCAUGGCGUGCACUACCAAGCUGGGGGGGCUCGGUGAGCCUGAUUCCCUUCCUACCAGUCUCUUCGACAUUGCCAGGCAGUGCAUUCCUGGACUGUCAGGUGCUUUCAAGAUUGGCCAUGUUCAAGCCCUUCUAUUACUCGCAUUAUCUGAUAUUCACACUGGCGCAUGGGAAUCUGCUUGGCGGUCUGUUGGACUCGCAGCCCGAGUUCUGACAGAUCUGUCUGAGAAGACGGGUCAGGUGACUCGAGAUCAGACGGCAGCUCGUCAAGGCUGCUUAAUUCUUGAUACGCUAGUUGGCAUUCGACUACGCAGGCGUCCUCAGUGUCGGAGAGACGACUUGCCAUCUGAUGCAUUCCUGCACGAAGAUGGCAAUGAAGAAUGGGAACCGUGGCAGGGCACGUCGGAGCCUGCUUUCAUCAUAAGUUGCUUCAACAACUUGACCAAGCUGUCUGGAAUACUGAGCGACUUCGUCUGUCAGCUACCAGGUACCCCCAUUCCUGCACGAGACCGGACAGAGCAAGCUUUGGGAAAUCUCAAUACACUCGCUGGGGCAUAUCCACGUGGUGCUCGCCUGACCGCAGCCGAUGUUGGUCCCCCACAUCAAACUUUUUUGAAGGUCGCCCACCUCCUGACCCUCGCUUACGUUACGGCAUCUCAUCCUGAUCAUGUCAAUUCGACUAUACCUCCGUUAGCCGCCGCCAAGAAGAGCCUUGAUGAUGCAGAGCUCGCAGCAGGUGUCAUUGUCGUACCGAGCUGGUUGACAGGCUUAUACACCGGCGUAAUACACGAGAUGAACGAGCUACAAAGUGGCAUCGACCUCAUAUCAUCGAUCAAGCAUGCAUCGAUGUUUAAAGCACUGGACGAACAUCUCGGAGGCAGUCCACAGGAGGCCGAACGAAAUCUGCUAGUCGUCACGAGAGAUACAGUGGCUGGCAGUAUAAUCGAUCCAUCUCUACAACCAUUGAAACGAAAUGGCAGCACGUCUCUAGCCAGAAGAUCGUUCUUCCCCGCAGACCCAUUUGCCCAACCAAUGAACGUCAUGACAAACCAGUCUCCACCCAUCACAACCGCAGGCCCCGAUGCCGCUAACAACGUAUUCGAGCGUACGCCGCAAGACUUCUGGAACAGCAGCAUUGAUGUUCCGACAGCGCCAGCUAUGGUACCAAACGGAGGACUAGUCAUGCCUGCGACGCAUGGCUCAUUGCCAACUGUCUACAACCCAUCCAUCGCUACCUCUCCAAGCUUUCAGGGCGACGAGAUCGAUGCACUUUUCCACGAGAUGGCACAGCUAGACACAACUGAGUGGGCUACAGGACGAAAUCAAGGAUUGAAAGAUUUCGGAUUCAAUGAUAUGCAAGCUUUUGAGGAAUUCUGUAACGAUCCCGACCGGGUCUUCUCCAGCAAUGCGGAAAUAGAAACUCAACAACCAAUGCCACAACGGCACAUGUCCGACCUGACCAUGGCAGACUUUGAUCAGCAGAACUUCGAUAUGGCGGGACUACCUAUCUGGAACGGAUGA